CCGCUCUCUCUCUCUCUCUCAUCAUUCCCCCCUCCUGAGCUCUCGCGAACCUUCCAGAGCCUCGAAACCUAGCGAGCUCGGAACCCUAGCCGCGCGCGGAUCUCACCUCGCCCUCCCCGCUCCCCCGCCAUGGACGAGGACUUCGAGAUGCCCCCGGCCGGCGCUGAUGACAUGAUGAUGGGGGACGACGAGAUGGGCGACUUCGGCGGCGAGGAGGGGCCGGUGAUGAAGGUGGGCGAGGAGAAGGAGGUCGGGAAGCAGGGGCUGAAGAAGAAGCUGCUCAAGGAGGGCGAGGGGUGGGAGACGCCCGAGGUCGGCGACGAGGUCGAAGUGCAUUACACUGGUACGCUCCUGGAUGGAACAAAGUUUGACUCAAGCCGUGAUCGUGGAACACCCUUCAAGUUCAAGCUGGGGCAAGGUCAAGUAAUAAAGGGUUGGGAUCAAGGCAUUAAGACCAUGAAGAAAGGCGAAAAUGCCAUCUUCACCAUUCCACCUGAACUGGCUUAUGGUGAAUCUGGUUCACCGCCAACUAUUCCACCCAAUGCAACUCUGCAGUUUGAUGUUGAGUUGCUAUCUUGGACCAGUGUCAAAGAUAUUUGCAAAGAUGGUGGCUUAUUCAAGAAGAUACUGAAGGAGGGAGAGAAAUGGGAGAACCCAAAAGAUCCCGAUGAAGUACUUGCGAAAUAUGAGGCCCGUCUUGAGGACGGUAUUGUUGUAUCUAAGUCUGAGGGUGUCGAGUUUACUGUUAAGGAUGGAUAUUUCUGUCCUGCACUAGCCAAAGCUGUCAAAAGCAUGAAAAAGGCAGAGAAAGUGCUCCUUACAGUCAAGCCACAAUAUGGUUUUGGUGAGAAAGGUAGACCAGCAGCUGGCGAGGAAGGUGCUGUGCCACCAAAUGCCACUUUGCUCAUUGACCUUGAGCUGAUUUCAUGGAAGACUGUCACAGAAAUAGGGGAUGAUAAGAAAAUCCUUAAGAAAGUUCUGAAGGAGGGAGAGGGGUACGAGCGGCCUAAUGAGGGUGCUGUUGUUAAAGUCAAAAUUACUGGAAAACUUCAAGAUGGCACAGUGUUUUUGAAGGAGGGACAUGAUGAAGAGAAGCCGUUUGAAUUUAAGACCGAUGAAGAGGAAGUUAUUGAUGGUCUUGAUCGUGCUGUACUGAACAUGAAGAAGGGUGAGGUUGCUCUCGUUACAAUUCCUCCUGAAUACGCAUUUGGUCCAAGUGCGUCAAAGCAGGACCUUGCUGUAGUUCCACCUAACAGCACAGUGAUCUACGAAAUUGAGCUUGUAUCAUUUGUGAAGGAUAAGGAGUCUUGGGACUUGAACAAUGAAGAAAAGAUUGAGGCUGCUGGUAAGAAGAAAGAAGAAGGGAAUGCAUUGUUCAAAUUGGGCAAAUAUGCUAGAGCUUCCAAGCGUUAUGAGAAGGCUGCAAAGUACAUAGAGUAUGAUAGUUCAUUCAGUGAAGAUGAGAAGAAGCAAUCCAAGCAACUAAAGAUCAGCUGCAACUUGAACAAUGCUGCCUGCAAACUGAAGUUGAAAGACUACAAGCAGGCUGAGAAGCUUUGCACCAAGGUUUUGGAACUAGACAGCCAAAAUGUCAAGGCCCUGUACAGGAGGGUGCAAGCUUACAUUCAACUUGCUGACCUAGAGCUAGCAGAGGCUGAUAUCAAGAAGGCAUUGGAAAUUGACCCUGAUAACAGGGAUGUGAAAUUGGAAUACAAGACCCUAAAGGAGAAGAUCAAGGAGUACAACAAGAAGGAUGCCAAAUUCUACAGCAACAUGUUCUCUAAGAUGACAAAAUAACUGGCUGAAGACAGCCAACAGAAAGCUUGAUGUGUUGGGGUGUGCUGAUGCGGGAGAUGAUCCUGCCGUUUCUGCAGCCCUAGGACUUGCCCGUUGGUUCUCAUUUUGCUUUUGUGGCCUUCUGUGUAAUCUGGCAGUGCGCACGGAUGCGUAGUUGUUAAGACUGAUGAGAAACAUUUGCUUCCAGGAUUAUUGGCUAUAAAUUUCCUGUUGAGCACAUUGCAUCUUGAAUCUUCUACAGAUGCUUUUCUGAGUAAUCGAUAACCUCUGUGAUCUCAA